AGUUCCAGCCAAGCUCAAAAGUCAGGAACAGGGGGUGUGGACUUUUGGGCUAUGCCAGUCAGCAGCUAGAAUGUGGUUGGCAGUCUCCUCCCCUUCCUGCACUUCAGCUCUACACGGUGUGCAUUCUGGAAUGACAGGCAUUCCUGUGUGAAGAGAGCCAGUGUGAAGAGAGUUUUGUAAGAACUGCAAGUGCCCAGGCUGUAUGGGAAACAGAAACUUCAGCAGAUGAACUGACCUUAUGCCAUUUCCUGAUGUUUGGCAGUGACACUGAAGGGGAUCACAUGUCCCCUCUUUAUGUGGAUUUAUCUUUUAUGAAAAGUUUGCUUUUGUCCGGGACAGUUUGUUGUCGUGAGAUACAUCAGACAAUAUAAUCAUGGGGCAAGCCGACGUCUCCAGACCGGUAAAUCCAGAUGCAGUUGACUUCUCCAGAGAACCUUGGAACAAGGAAGCAGAUCAGCCCGCUACAGAGCCAGGCAUGGUCAUGGACAGUGUGGAAGCAGGAGACACAACACCUCCUACCAAAAGGAAGAGCAAGUUCUCAGGCUUUGGCAAGAUCUUCAAGCCCUGGAAAUGGAGGAAAAAAAAAAAUAGUGAUAAAUUUAAAGAGACUUCAGAAGUUUUAGAACGGAAAAUAUCUAUGCGAAAACCGAGAGAAGAGCUGGUUAAAAGAGGGGUUUUGUUGGAAGACCCUGAGCAAGGUGGUGAGGAUCCAGGAAAGCCAAGCCAUGCCAUGUUAAAGAAUGGCCAUACCACCCCUGUAGGGAAUGCUACAUCAUCUAGUCCAGUCCAAGUAGAGGAAGAGCCAGUAAGAUUAGCAAGUCUUAGGAAAGCUAUUCCAGAAGAGGACCUAAAGAAACGACUAGGCUCAACUGGAAGCCAGCCUAAUUCUGAAGCAGAGUCUGUUCCUGAGAAUGUACCCAAACCACCUUUACUUCCUCCCAAAAGAGCCUUGUCCUCUUCUUAUGAAGCAAAUGAAGGGCAAGCAAAGGAUGCCACUUCCUCUGGCGGCAUGGCAAGGUUCAUCAUCUCCACCUCCAUCACCACAGCACCUGCUGCCACCACUGCUGCCACAAGCCUCGCAAAGACUGUUAAUCUCUCUGUCACUCCUUCCCCAGCACCCAGGAUUCUGCCUGCUGCUCCUGCCAGCACUAACACUACUGCUACCCUAAGCCUCACUCAUAUGGUCCCUGCCAAGCAGCCCCCUAUCCCUCCCCCUAAACCAACUCACAGAAAUAGCAACCCUGUCAUUGCUGAAUUGUCCCAAGCAAUAAACAGUGGUACAUUGUUAUCAAAACCGUCCCCACCCUUACCACCUAAGAGAGGCAUUCCAUCGACCUCAGUACCCACCUUGGAGUCUGCUGCUGCCAUCACCACAAAAACACCAAGUGAUGAAAGAGAGAAAAGCACAUGUUCUAUGGGCUCAGAACUGCUAUCAAUGAUCUCACCUCACUCUCCGUCCCCCCCACUGCCUGCUCAUAUACCUCCAGAGCCUCCACGCACCCCUCCAUUCUCUGCUAAGACUUUUAAAGUUGUGCCAGAAAUUGAGUUUCCACCAUCCAUAGAUCUACACCAGGAGAUUCCCCAGCAGGAAGAUCAGAAAAAGGAAGUCCCCAAGAGGAUAUUGGACCAGAACUUUGGGGAGCCCCAUAUACCCUCUAGGUUGCCUCCACUCCCACUGCAUAUUCGAAUCCAGCAGGCCCUCACCAGCCCACUUCCCAUGACUCCUCCUCUGGAGGGUUCUCACAGAGCUCACUCGUUGCUCUUUGAAAACAGUGACAGCUUUUCUGAGGACAGCAGUACGCUGGGUCGGACCAGGUCUCUUCCCAUCACUAUUGAAAUGCUGAAAGUUCCAGACGAUGAAGAAGAGGAGGAGCAAAUCUGUCCAUCCACAUUCAGUGAAGACAUGACAUCUACCUCAGUCAUUCCUAAAUUACCACAGUGUGUACAGGAGGAAGAAGAGAAGGAGAGCGACUCUGAUUCAGAAGGUCCCAUUCAGUACCGAGAUGAAGAAGAUGAAGAUGAAAGCUAUCAGAGUGCUCUCGCCAACAAAGUGAAGAGGAAAGACACAUUGGCAAUGAAGUUGAACCACAGACCCAGUGAACCCGAGUUGAACCUGAAUUCUUGGCCUUGUAAAAGCAAGAAGGAGUGGAAUGAAAUACGGCACCAGAUUGGAAACACACUGAUCCGGCGACUGAGUCAAAGACCAACACCAGAAGAACUAGAACAACGCAAUAUAUUGCAACCUAAAAAUGAAGCUGAUCGUCAGGCAGAAAAACGAGAAAUUAAACGUCGGCUCACUAGAAAGCUCAGUCAAAGGCCAACUGUGGCUGAACUCCUUGCCAGGAAGAUUCUGAGGUUUAAUGAAUAUGUAGAGGUAACAGAUGCUCAAGAUUAUGACCGGCGAGCCGACAAACCUUGGACCAAACUGACCCCUGCUGACAAGGCUGCCAUAAGAAAAGAAUUAAAUGAAUUUAAAAGCUCCGAGAUGGAGGUUCAUGAAGAGAGCAAACAUUUUACACGCUACCAUCGUCCAUGAUGCCAAAGGUUGAGAGAGGAACUCAACAUGGCUGCUUUGCUGCUUCCUUCUCCAGAGUGACAUAUGGAGGGAACUUUAGCACUUCCCAGCACAGCCAGAAUUGUGUCCUCUGGGAUCUUCUGAGGUGGACAGCACUUCUUUGAAUGUAGCAUUUCACUGGAACAGAGUCUCAUGUGCUGCACCUGGGGCAAAACAACACUUUGUCAGUGCUUUUGAACCUUUCAAUAUUGUAGCUUACUUGAGUUUUUCCCUUACUGGCCACCAAAGUUCUGGACCACUUGGAGGUUCCAGGUUUUACUGGCUGCACCACCCCUUCCCCUAGAUGACUGCCUGUGCUGAGGCACAGUUUGCACCAUUAGCCUUACCUGCUCUGCCCUGAUUGUGAGACCCAAAUGUGUAGGCUCUAAAUCCCAGCCAUCAAAUCCAAUUCCUGAUGGGGAAAACCUUCUGGAGGCCCCCAACCUUCUGGUGAAGGAGUCCCUACCUCCAGGGGAAGCCUUACCACACUGGCAUAUCAGAUGAAGCCAUUGCACUGCACCUCUCGUAACACAGCAAUACAGUCUCUUGAGGCACUCAAGCCUGAGAGGAAGCUCAGGAUCUGACAUGUUCUUCCUUUUCCUCACAAGUCAUCAUGAUUUUUUAUUUUAAAAUAAUCUGGAAGUAAUGGGAAGUUAUGUUUUUCAUGAACUCCAACCAGAAUCCAGAUUGGUUAGAUGAGACCCGGCGCAGUGGCUCAUGCCUAUAAUCCCAGCACUUUGGGAAGCCAAGGUGGGUGAAUCACCUGAGGUCAGGAACUCAAGACCAGCCUGGCCAACAUGGCGAAACCCCAUCUCUACUAAAAAUACAAAAAUUAGUCAGGUGUGCUGGCGCCUGGCUGAGGCAUGAGAAUCGCUUGAACCCAGGAGGUGGAGGUUGCAGUGAGCCAAGAUCACCGCCCACUGCACUCCAGCCUGGGCAACAAAGUGAGACUCUGUCUUAAAAAAAAA